UCUCCGGCGGAUUCGUCGUAAUCGAAAAUGGCAGCAGCAGAGGAUUCAGAGGUCUCUACGGCGAAUUCUUUCGGCGCUGUCGUUCUAGGCGGUACUUUUGAUCGAUUGCACGAUGGGCAUCGCACUUUCCUCAAGGCGGCGGCGGAACUGGCCAGGGAACGAUUAGUUGUUGGAGUAUGUGAUGGCCCUAUGUUGACGAACAAGCAAUUCUCUGAGAUGAUACAACCAAUUGAAGAAAGGAUGCGUAAUGUGGAGAACUAUGUCAAGUCUAUCAAACCUGGGCUGGUUGUGCAAACCGAGCCCAUUACUGAUCCAUAUGGACCUUCUAUUGUCGAUGAAACUUUGGAAGCUAUUGUAGUCAGCAAAGAGACGUUACCUGGUGGUUUGUCAGUUAACAGAAAGAGAGCAGAGAGGGGUCUUUCUCAACUCAAGAUUGAGAUUGUUGAAAUAGUUUCUGAUGGAUCAAGUGGGGAUAAGAUAAGUUCGACUACUUUGAGGAAGUUAGAGGCUGAGACACAAAAGCAACAUGCUGAACAAGAAGCAUCAUGAACUUGGAACAUGUAAAGAUCAACUUUGUUUGUAGCUUUUGAAUAUGUUUGUUUUUAUAUUGACUGAAAAUGUUCAAUGAAAAAGGUAAACGCUUUGUAUACAUUUGGCAGACACGGCAGCGUAUUGAAAACAAAAUUCUGAAAGCUUCCAUAAACUUCUGAUUCCA